AUGUUAGAAAUGAAAGUAUUGUUAAUUGUUAGUCUAUACUUAUUUUCCGUAAAUUGUGUAGUAUUACGUUUACCCCUUUUAAACGAAGAUUCAGAGGAUUUUAUAGUUAAAAAUAAAUCUCUACUAGGAGAUUGUAAUUUAAUUUCUUAUGAAAGUAAAGAUGAAAAUGAUUUUAUCGAUAAGGUAUAUUACCAUGAUGUGGAAAUAUAUCCCGCUGAAUCAUCUAUUCCAGGAGUGGCAUAUAAUCAACAAUUUGCAGAUUUGUUCGACCAAAUUUUUAGUCGAAAUCCUCCAGGUGAUGAAAAUGAGUUAUCUGAAGAACAACGAGAUGACAUUCUCAUUGAACCAGAACAUUAUCGUAAAUUUAGAAGAUUAGUAGUCGUUGCGAAAGUACGUAUAAUUAUGUUUAUAAGUGUUGUAAGCGUAAAAUGGGAAGGUCAACGGACAAUUAAAAAGGUUGAUAGAUUAUACGAAUAUGACGAUGAGGUGGUAGAUUUUAUUAUGGAAAAUCAAGAUCACUAUAUGAGAAUAAAAUAUGAAGAGAAUGUUUCAAAUAGUGCUAAAAUAAUCAGGAACAUUUUAACAAGAGAACCUGCAAAGGUAAAGAGCUAUGGUGAUCUGGAUGAAGUUGACGAUGAACCAUUUUUGCUGAAAGGAAAGUACAUAAAUGAGGAACAAAUUAGAAAAGAAGUAGAUGAAAUUUUGAAGAAUCCAGAUAUUGGUAAACCACAAACAAAAGAUACAGAUACUAAUAAAGCAGAUAUUAGUGAAGCAGAUCUGAGAGAGGCAGGUCCUAGUGGACUCUCAUCUAUGUUAAGAAGAAAACUAAAACUGAAUGAAAUUAGUGAAGAUUCUGAUUCAGAUUAA